AUCUGGAUAUACAAAACUUCCAUGGUGCCUUAUCCUUUGCCAUUCAUUCCAGUGAGGUUAAGGAGUUCCACCGUUUCCUCCUGAACCUAAAUCCCCACUCUGAGGCCGAUGGCUUUAUCAGGUUGUUCUGGCAACAGGCAUUUGGUUGCCAGUUUCUAGAUGUGGAAACGGAGGAGGAAUUCUGCACUGGUGAGGAGAAGCUGGAGAGCCUUCCUGGGGCUUUUUUUGAAAUGCAAAUGACCAGCCAAAGCUACAGCAUCUACAAUGCCGUCUAUGCUGUGGCACAUGCUUUGCAUGCCAUGUUGGCAUCCAGAACCAAACAGGGAGAGAUGGUGCUUGGUAACUAUCUGAGAUCUCAAAACCAAUAUUUCCAGGUAAUGUCUAACAUAGUUUGUCAAGGAAUACACACUUGCAUUGGUUUGGUGAAAUUCAAUAAGCAGUUCAAAAGCUUUUGUAAAAAGAGUUGAAUGGAAAUGUUGAGCUUAGGUUGGAUGGAUAUGGAUUGAGGAUUAAAUCUGUAAAUUAGAAUUUAAGCCUCCUAUCCGACAUGUGUGGGAGAAAAAAGAUGGCAAGGAGGCUGUGAAGCUAGGAAUUACCAAGUUACAUAUUUUAUCUCUGUUUAUUUGUGAUCUGCUGAUCUUUCCUCACUUUCUACCUGUUGCUAAGAAUAAACCAGGCAAAUUUGUAAAAGUAAAAAUGUUUACUUACAUUGAAUGAAGGCAGCUACUACCUCUAGGUAAAAAAUGCUUCUUUUAAUUACGAAAUACAAAAUUAGUUUCUGAAAUGGAAUCUAGGCAGGUAUGUCUCCCCUGAAAACUCAAGGGGAGCUUCAACAAAUAGUAUGAAUUGAUCCCAGCAAGAGAAAAAAGAAGUUUUGUAGUGUAUUCUCUAUUUUUACCAAAUCUACCAUUCUCUUUCUUCGUCUGUAGCUUCAACCUUUCCUGAGGAAUAUCUUGUUUAACAACAGUGUUGGGGACACUGUGUUUUUUAAUGAGAAACGUGAGCUAGAAGGUGGAUUUGAUAUUAUCAACUGGGUGACUUUCCCAAAUAAGUCCUUCUUAAGAGUGAAAGUUGGGAAAGUGGAUCCCCAAGCACCACUGGGCAGUGAUUUCUCCAUUGAUGAAAAGAUCAUUACAUGGCACCAGAGUUUUAACCAGGUAGGACCCAAUUGCAGCUUCUGAGGUCUAUAGGUAGACAUUCACCAGAUUUGUUUCAUCAUCAUGUACACCCUGCUGAAUGAGUUCCUUUUAGCUGCAUUGAACCAAGAUUUGUUGACCAGUGGUAGGGGUGUUGGUGUAGUGUGGCUAGCAGCAAAGGGUUAGAACCUUUGUAGUCAUUCUGUGGAAGAACUUUUUAGGUGUCAGGGAAUUAUAAAUUAAUAAAAAAUAUAAUUAAUUUUUGGUGUGUUCUUUGGCUCCCAUAUACCUCUGCCUACGCACUGUAUUUCUGCUGUUGCCAUGUUUGAGAUUUCAUUUUUCUUAAGGUGGAUUGUGAAAUAAUAAUCCAAUAAUGAAAUAAAUGUUUUAUAAUGAGAACAUCCACAUGCAACAAGCACAGAAAGCAUGCAAUACAAAAUUGUGCUUCGUAGGAAUCUUUAGUUUCAUUUCUGUGAUUCAUUUCUUUAAAGGAACCAAGUUGCCACUUCUCAUCUUUAAAAACAUAUUAUAAAAUCUACACAUAUCAGUAGAUAUUCACAUUUUCUUUGCCUGAACCAUUUACUGGCUGAGUGGCUCAGCUGGUUAGAGCAAGGUGCUGAUAAUGCCAGGGUCACAGGUUUGAUCCCUUUAUAGGACAGCUGUAUAUUCCUAAAUUACAGGGGGUUGGAAUACAUGAUCCUCAGAGCCCCCUCAAACUCUAUGAUUCUAUUAUCUUUGUUGGGUUGAAUAUGCACAAAUAUUGGUGAUUGUCACAACCAUUGUAAAGUUAGUGACAUUAAUUAAUUAAUUAAUUUUUUCAAAAUACCCUGUUGGGUGCCUUAUUUCAAUGCAGCAGCCUGUUGAUGAAAAUGCAAAGAACAAACAUAGAAUAGAAUACAUGCAAUACCUUCUGUUUUAUGGACAGGUGAUGCCCCUUGCCUUGUGCAAUGACCACUGCCAUCCAGGUUACAGCAGACAAAGGAAAGAGGGGGAACCAUUUUGCUGCUAUGAUUGUACUCCAUGUCCAGAAGGGAAGAUUUCAAACCAGACAGGUAGGGACUGUAUGAUAUAGUAUAUCAACUAUAUUGAGAACAUGUUUUUUGUUAGCUAUUUAUGAACAAAUAGAUGCCUUACAAAAUAUUUGAAGAUAUACCUUUACUUGUCUGGUUUUCAACUGUUGAACAAGUAUCAUUCAUUCAUAUAUAUAUAUGAAUAAGACACCUUACGCAAGACCUGAAGAGAAACAUUACUUGUCUGGUUGUCAACAGUUGAAAAUCAAGUAUUAUUCUCAUAUAUAUAUAUAUAUAUAUAUAUAUAGAAUGUGCUUCUGUCCCUUGAGCCCAAGAGAGGGUUUAGUCCUUUUUGUUUUCAAAGCUCCUUCAUAGGAGUCAGUUUGUACUUGACGGUUGGUUGAUUCUUCUCUUCGUUCUCUUUGUUGCAUCUCUGACUGAGAGCGUGGGAGUUUGGUGACUUCAAGCAGACAUUGUCUGGAGGGGUUUUUGAGGACGGGCAAGAUUUGGAUUAUUAGCUUAUGGAAGUUUUGUAUAAUGCAACAAAGAGAACUAAGAGAAGAAUCAACCAACCGUCAAGUACAAAAUGACUCCAUCUUUCCCCAAUACCAUUUAUUAUUUGUGAAAUAUAUUUACUGUUCUUAAACCAAGGUACCACUGUACAAGUGUUUUAUCAUAAACAAUCUUAUAAAUUGCUAACCAGCAUAUCUUCUGCUUACCUCCACACCUGAAAACUUCAUGGAUUGCAUGGACACCAACUUACUUGAUCACCAAAAUUCUAGAAUUUUCAAUGUAAUAGUAAUUUUUUUUUACCAUAUUCCUAGGUGUGUUAACUGGAUUAUAUUAGCACCUUUAGUCUUCCUUUGACAUUAAGCUUCCUUUCUGGGAUAGAAAAUACUCUGAAUAUUGGUAAAUGAAACUUCCUAUUUUAUAACCAUUUCUACUGGUAAGCUGUGAAACAUUAAUGUUUAAUUAUUAUUUCUCCAUUCAGAUAGCUUUGAAAGUUCUUAUUGAUGAACUAGGGAUUUCUCCCCUCUGAACACACCCAAAUUCCAAUUCUACGCACGUGUAAACACAAACAUACAUUUAUGGAGCUUAUCAUUUAGAUUUAAUUCUGAUUUAAUUAUCCACUGGAAAGAAUCUUCCAAAAAUAGCUUACCAUAAAGACAAAACAUGUUAACACUCUAACAAUUUCCUGAAAAAGAUAAUGUUUUGUAUUGUGUAUACUGUAAAUUACAUUGAAUUAUAAUACAGUUUCCUGAUCCUAGACCAUAAAUAUUUGUAUCUCAGUGAGACUGAAAAUACUAUAACUGUAAUCUUGAUUUCUUUAUACUGCAAGAUAUGGAUGACUGCUUCCAGUGCCAAGAAGAUCGGUAUCCUAACCAAGAGAGAAACCAGUGCAUCAGCAAGAAAGAAAACUUCCUAUCUUAUGAAGCACCUUUAGGCAUCAGUUUGGCUCUUUUGGCUCUGGCUUUUUCUGCAACUACAGCUUUGGUGUUUGGAAUCUUCAUCAAACAUCAAAACACUCCCAUUGUCAAAGCCAACAACCGGAAUCUCACCUACACCCUGCUCAUCUCCCUCCUGCUCUGCUUCCUCUGCUCCUUGCUAUUCAUAGGGCGCCCCCAGUUACUGACCUGCAAUCUACGACAAACUGCCUUUGGUAUUAUCUUCUCAGUGGUUGUUUCUUCUGUUUUGGCUAAAACCCUCACGGUGGUUCUGGCUUUCAUGGCCACCAAACCAGGAUCCAAGAUGAGGAAAUGGGUGGGGAAAAGAUUUUCCACCUCUAUUGUUCUUGGUUGUGCUUCUAUUCAGGCAAGUAUUUGUAUAGUAUGGCUCUGUACUGACCCUCCUUUCCCAGAUCUGGACAUACACUCUCUGCCUGAAGAAGUCAUAGUGGAAUGCAAUGAAGGCUCAGCCAACAUGUUCUACUCUGUUCUUGGUUACAUGGGAUUGCUGGCUCUUGUCAGCUUCAUUGUGGCUUUCUUUGCUCGGAAGCUGCCGGACACUUUUAAUGAAGCCAAAUUUAUCACUUUCAGCAUGUUGGUGUUUUGCAGUGUGUGGCUUUCUUUUGUUCCAUCCUACUUAAGCACCAAAGGGAAGUACAUAGUGGCUGUGGAGAUCUUCUCCAUCUUGGCCUCCAGUGCUGGAAUCUUGGGUUGUAUCUUCUCCCCAAAAUGUUAUAUCAUUGUCUUCAAGCCUGAACUCAACUCAAAAGGGCAGCUAAAAAAGAGAAAUAA